GUUUGGUCAAAUGAGGAGAGAGACAAGAAGUAGAUGGAAUGGAAGAAGUAGAGAUGCAGAAGAAAGGACCAGAAGAAGCUGUAGAAGUGAAAAAGACAAAAAAACAAAAGAAGUAAAAGAAAUCAAUGAAGUGGAAGAGACAGAAAGAAUGGAAGAAGCUGAAGAACCAAAAAAACUGAAGAAGCAAAAGAAGCUGGCAGAGUGUAAGAGACUUAAAGAAUAG